GUGAAACCUUGCUUUUACUCAGUUAAUUGAUUUAAACCGUGGUGGGAGUAGAACCGAAGGUAUAUCCGAAAUAUACUAUCAUAAAAAUGAGUUGCAAGCUCUCGUUGGCUAUUUUUGCGGUCAUUUGCUUUGCUGUCAGCAUUGAAGCUGCCUCGGUGGGUGUUCCCGUGAUCAAGGGUAUCGAAAACGUCGUGCACAAAUUGGAUUAUGAAGGAGUACAGGCGAAUGUACGCGGUUCCCGCCAAGCUUAUGAAGAAGAUGUCUCUGGUGAAGAUUCUGACGAAGAUGACGAUGAGGAUGAUGCCGAACGUGUACAACAGAAUAUAAUUCAGCAACAACAGGCCCAAGAACAGGCACACAAUGACUCCCAGGAGGGCAGUGAUGAGGAUGACGAAGAGGAUGAUGAGGAAGAAGAUGAUGACGAUGAUUCAUCGUUCUUUGGACGUAGAAGGAGACGUGAUGUUGCCGAAGAAGAAGCUGACGUUGAAUCGGUAGCAGCCAAUGAAAUUGUUGAAAGUGAAAAACCUGAAGAAGAUGGAGUCAAGGAAGAGAGUGCUGCUCCAGCUGCUCCUGCACCCAGUCCAGCUCCAUCCUCCAGCAAUACCAACGUUUUAAUACUCAUUCGAGAUGCCAUCAAGAAGGUCACAACCGAAUUGCCCAACUCACAACAAGUUGCUACCAGUGCCCAACAAUAUUUCCAACUUUUCGGUCAUUUCCUUCAACAAACCAUUGAACAAGUCAUCGGAGACGACGAUGAUGAGGAUGAAGUAGAAGCCACAACUGUCAUCCCAGAGGCCGAAGAAGUUGCUACUGUUGUAGAAACCGAUAAGGAAAGUUCGACAAAAGAUAAAGAAACUGCUGUGACUGCCGAGAAAGAAAGCGAAUCGGUUGAAAAUAAACCAGUUACCACCGCCGAUCAAACUCCAGCACAAACUGAAGAGGCUAAGGCUUAA